AUGUUCUGGCCGCAUGUGGUCGUGGGCGCUAGUGGUGCUGUGGUUUUCGCUGCUCCCAGCCUCGCAACGGCCCUAGUUUUAUCGAGUAUGGGAUUCACAACAGGCGGAAUUCACGCAGGUUCAGUAGCAGCAGUCGCUCAUGGUUUGUUCGGAAAUAUUGCAGCGGGGAGUGCUAUGGCAUAG